ACGUCAUCUGUACGCGCCGGAAAGCACGGCUCACACGAGUGCUCGCACGAAGCUGGUGAGGGGGAUGGCCGGUUUCGCGGAGCUCGGACUGUCAUCGUGGCUUGUGGAACAAUGUCGGCAGCUGGGUUUGAAGCAGCCUACGCCUGUACAGCUCGGCUGCAUCCCUGCCAUCCUAGAGGGUCGGGACUGCUUGGGCUGUGCCAAGACAGGCAGUGGCAAGACAGCAGCAUUUGUCCUGCCCAUCUUGCAGAAGCUGUCUGAGGAUCCCUAUGGCAUCUUCUGCCUCGUCCUGACACCCACCAGGGAGCUGGCCUACCAGAUUGCAGAGCAAUUCCGGGUGCUGGGGAAGCCUCUGGGCCUGAAAGACUGCAUCAUUGUUGGCGGCAUGGAUAUGGUGGCCCAGGCCCUGGAGCUCUCCCGGAAACCACACGUGGUCAUCGCCACACCAGGGCGCCUGGCUGACCACCUACGUAGCUCCAACACUUUUAGCAUAAAGAAGAUCCGUUUCCUGGUGAUGGACGAGGCAGACCGGCUGUUGGAGCAGGGCUGCACCGACUUCACCGUGGACCUGGAGGCCAUCCUGGCGGCCGUGCCUGCUCGCCGGCAGACCCUCCUCUUCAGCGCCACACUGACUGACACACUCAGAGAGCUUCAGGGCCUAGCCACCAACCAGCCCUUCUUCUGGGAGGCUCAGGCCCCGGUACGUACAGUGGAACAGCUGGACCAGCGCUACCUGUUGGUGCCUGAGAAGGUCAAAGAUGCCUAUCUGGUCCAUCUGAUUCAGAACUUCCAGGAUGAGCAUGAGGACUGGUCCAUCAUCAUCUUUACCAACACGUGCAAGACCUGCCAGAUUCUGUGCAUGAUGCUGCGGAAAUUCAACUUCCCCACUGUGGCUCUGCAUUCCAUGAUGAAACAGAAAGAACGCUUUGCUGCCCUGGCCAAAUUCAAGUCCAGCAUCUACAGGAUCCUGAUUGCGACAGAUGUAGCUUCCCGGGGCCUGGACAUUCCCACAGUGCAGGUGGUCAUCAACCACAACACCCCCGGGCUCCCCAAGAUCUACAUACACCGAGUUGGCCGGACAGCUCGGGCAGGGCGGCAAGGACAGGCCAUCACACUGGUGACGCAGUACGACAUCCACCUUGUCCAUGCCAUCGAGGAGCAGAUCAGGACCCCUGCCCCUGCAGAGAAGAAGCUGGAGGAGUUCUCUGUGGAGGAGGCCAGUGUGCUGCAGAUCCUCACGCAGGUCAACGUGGUGCGGAGGGAGUGUGAAAUUAAACUGGAGGCGGCCAACUUUGACGAAAAGAAGGAGAUCAAUAAGCGGAAGCAGCUGAUCCUGGAGGGGAAGGAUCCCGACCUGGAGGCCAAGCGCAAGGCUGAGCUGGCCAAGAUCAAGCAGAAGAACCGGCGCUUCAAGGACAAGGUGGAGCAGGUGCUCCAGUGGCAGAAGGCCAGGGGGGCUGGCCGCAGGGGGCGUCCACCCAGGGCCCCCCCUGGAGCACGCUCGGCCCCGGCACCCAGCCAGGGCCCGUCCUGAGCACCACUGUGGCCCCUACCGGCCCUGCCUGGGAUUCCUUCCUGGAACUAACGGUCAGACGGCUCCUCCCCUCCCCCCAGACCUACUCAGUCCCUGUCAGUGGGACCCAGGGACACCCAUGUUGUGCUCCACACAGCUUUCCACCUUGCCGCCCCUGGCUGGCCCCUUCUUGGAGCCCCUGCCUGCAGAUGAGAAGGAACACUGGCUACGAGGUUGGGCCCAGCUCCACACACAGUGACCCUGGGGGGUGGAUGCUGCAGGGCCCCAGAGCAAAGGUGUGUUGUUUGCAGGAGUCACCUAAUAAAUGGGUCUCUUGACUUUUUC